CUCUAUUUCUUCUUCUCUGUUCCAGCAAAACGAUAUCAAUCAAGGUGAUAGAUGAUGAGGAGUAUGAGAAAAACAAGACCUUCUACCUAGAGAUCGGGGAGCCCCGGCUGGUGGAGAUGAGUGAGAAGAAAGCGCUGUUAUUGAAUGAGCUUGGUGGCUUCACCAUCACAGGCAAACCUGUCUUCAGGAAGGUACAGGCUAGAGAGCGUCCUCUUCCUUGCACCGUGGUCACCAUCCGAGAGGAGAACGAAGAGAAGCAGCCACUGACCAGCAAGGAGGAGGAAGAGCGUCGAAUCGCAGAGAUGGGUCGCCCUGUCCUGGGGGAGCACACCAAGCUUGAAGUCAUCAUUGAGGAAUCCUAUGAAUUCAAGAACACUGUGGACAAGCUCAUUAAGAAGACAAACCUGGCCUUGGUGGUUGGCACAAACAGCUGGAGAGAGCAGUUUAUUGAGGCUAUUACUGUCAGCGCGGGGGAAGAUGAUGAUGACGAUGAAUGUGGGGAGGAGAAGCUGCCCUCCUGCUUUGACUACGUGAUGCACUUUCUGACCGUCUUCUGGAAGGUCCUUUUUGCCUUCGUACCCCCGACAGACUACUGGAAUGGCUGGGCCUGCUUCGUUGUCUCCAUCCUCAUGAUUGGCAUCCUGACAGCAUUCAUUGGUGACCUGGCAUCCCACUUCGGCUGCACCAUCGGCUUGAAGGACUCCGUCACUGCAGUUGUGUUUGUGGCACUGGGGACAUCAGUGCCAGACACGUUUGCCAGUAAAGUAGCAGCAACACAGGACCAGUAUGCGGACGCCUCCAUCGGGAACGUCACCGGGAGCAAUGCUGUGAACGUUUUCUUGGGCAUCGGAGUGGCCUGGUCCAUCGCAGCCAUCUACCACGCAGCACAUGGACAAUCCUUUGAAGUCUCACCCGGCACUCUGGCCUUCUCCGUCACUCUCUUCACUAUUUUUGCUUUUAUCAGUGUGGGCGUGCUGCUCUACCGGAGGAGACCCGAAAUUGGAGGUGAGCUAGGUGGGCCGCGGACUUCCAAGCUGCUCACAUCCUCACUCUUUAUCCUCCUCUGGCUCUUGUACAUAUUCUUCUCAUCUCUGGAAGCCUACUGCCACAUAAAAGGCUUCUAAAGGAACAAUCAGAGAUAGUAAAUAUAUGUAUAUCUAUAUGUAUCUAUAUAGAGCAAUAUAUAGGUAUAGAUAUAGAUAUAAAGCUGUGUAUAAUGAACAGAGAAAGAAUAAAAGAGAUUUGCCAUGUUCACACACCUGCUGAUGGAAAGCAGCUUUGGAGCGUCCUAUGAACUAGGCAGGACCCCAAAGUCGGCUGGACCCCUCCUCAGGGGUCCCUUCUUUGCAACUCUACCAUUGAGAGCAGCCGGCAGCCCCUGAGCCCUUUCCCAUUGCUCCCACUGACUCCGGGAGGAUGGAUGCGAAGGCAACUGGGUGAGUCGGCACAGGGAAGGCCGAACAGCUGGCUAGAAGUGGGCAAGGAAAGGAGAGCAAGGGUCCCGACCUCCGAUCAUCCUCCGUCUGCCUUCGCCACUUGGGAACAUCUCCUCCGGCCCUAUUGGAAAGAAGCGAGAGACCAGACUGAAGACAAGGGGAAAUUGGGAGCCUCCUAAGAAUAGAACACAACCAUUUUCAUCAUUUGAUUUUUUUUUUUUCAUUUUGACGUGUGUACAAUUAGCAUUCCUCCCUUUCUCCCCGCUCCAUUUUCCCCUUUCCCCAUGUUCUCCGUGCUUUGGGGACGCAGCCACAUGUCUGGUGUCCUGAGCUGAGGUCCCACCUCAUCCUUCCCUGGGCAUGCUGUCAUGGUACUAGUAACAUUUGCAUGAACAAAACGAUCCCUAGCUGUAUAUAGCAUCCUAUAGUGAUAGUCCUUCCAGAUGUGUGGGUUGAGCAUUGCUGAUACAAGUGUUUUCUUUUCACCUGGUUUUAUUUAUUAUAGUUAGUUUAGUUUCUCCCAUAGGUUUGAGGUUUUUUGUUGUUGUUGUUGUUGUUCUUUGGUUGUUUGUUUCCUCUUCCACAGGGAGUGACAGGAGGGAAAGCUUUCCCCACUCCCUGCUCUGUGCAUGUGUCCCCAAGAAGCAAAAACAGCCACAUGAACAUAGGUUUUCUGUGUUCUUGGAGGCCAACUGGCAGCCCUCGUUUCAGGAUCUGUCCCUGGGGUUGCUCCUUCCCCACAGCCAUUUGGAAUAAUUCAGCACAAGGGCUGUAAGGAGUUCUCCUCGUGCCACAUUGGGGCACAGCCCUGGCACAGAGGUGAGGGGCUGGUGAGCAGGGUGACAGGGAGGAGGCAGAGCAAGGGAUGUGUCUGGCACGUGCCCCUUCUGAAACCAAUGGAAGGGGCACAACAGGGCCACUUCAGGAUGCCCGCAGUGUCUGGGGGAUGUCCCCUACCUGCGCUUCCCACCAGCCAUACCAGUGGCCCAGCAUGUGCAUCCACUGGUGAGCUCCUCCAACCUGGCUGGAAUGCACCUCUGCACCAUAACCCUUGGGCUGGGGUAUUUGUAUCCAUUGUGAACAAUCUGCAGGAACUUCAAUGAACCUGUUGUAAGAGUUUCUCCAGGAGUCUGAAGAUUUUUUUUUCCUUGUCAAUCCUCUUCUCACUUUUGAAGGGUUAUUGUGGUUUUCUUUUUUUGUUUGUUUGUUUGUUUGUUUGUUUGUUUUAAGGGAAGAAUUGAACACAGAUGCAGGUUGUUCAGGUGUGUGAUUACCUUUAUGUACAAUGACUUCAUUUUCAUUUGUUUGCCUUCGUUGAUUUUUCAUUGUGUGUAUUGCCCACCACUAUAGCCAGUGAUCCACUAAUUGUGAUGAUCCUUAUCAAUGGUACACAAUGCACAGACAAAUAAAGUUUGCAAUGAUUCCUCAUGGA